AUGCCCACCAUCUCGCGAGCGAUUUGCAAAUUCAGGUCUUGCGUUUGCGAGGCGCGCUGGUGCGCUCCCAGGAGGCUGUACACGCUCUUCGACACCUUGUUGUCCUGCCCUCUUUUCGUGGUGGGCAGCAUGGCGAACUGGUUCGCCGCAUUGCUUCAUGCCUGUAUUUGCCUUACGUUCCUUGCUCCAUUUGUGCAGCUGCGUUUUUCUAGCGCACCAACCAAGGCCGAAUUUCUCUUCCCCUCUAUGGGCGCACCGACCUCGCCACUUGUGCGGGUUCUUUCCCUCCAUCCGUGUCCGCGGUGCGUGCAGUUGUCUCUUCGCGAGCCGCUGUUGGGCCCGGUGCCCCUCGAGGGCCUCCUGCGGCUGCAGCAUGAGGUCCUGGCACAGCGCGACUUCGUUCACGCGUUGACUUUGGCAUUGAUCCGGCACGCCAUUGUGGGCUCCGAGUCGCAUGAAGUCAUCUCAUCCUUCUGCAACCUUCUGUGUACUGUGUGGGAUACGCAUGCAACGCAUUGCGUGCCACUGCGGGACCAUGUGGUGCAAGUCCACAAAGAUUUUGCGCCAGGCUUGGAGUCUGCGCGUAAAGCCUGUUUCCCUUGCAGUCGCCCGUGUGAUGACUAUUAUCACUUUAGGCAGAAGCACCUUGAGCUCGACAGUCGUUUGUCGCACACUGCGUUGGUAGCAGGCAGAUUUCAGAAGGCUCAUCUUGGGUGGCUGCAAGCCGUUUUAGGAUCCCUGCGGCUUCUACCUCGCGCCUCCAUCUUUGACGCCUGCUGGCGAGGACUGCUAGCCCGCCUCACAUCCAUGGGCGAAUGCACUGUGGCUGCGUACUUGGACAACACGUACACCGCUGCAGUGCCACAGGCUCUCUUGCGCCACGAGCACGAAUACUUGCCAGAUCAUCGGUUUGCAGGUUGGUGGGUCGGAUGUCGGGGCAUUGUUUCGGGCACUGGCUGCGGCAGUAACCCUGCAGAAGCCAUUCACAGUGCAUGGCAGUCGAAACUCGAGUCCGUGGGUGGGCGUGCACCGUUGGGUGAAGUCCUUGGAGUAAUGCAAAACCUGUAUGCUGACCAUUGGUUAGACUCCUUUGAUUGGAACUCCGACACUGCGCUGCACUUGCAAAGCGUGGAUGUUGACAUGGCGCAGCUUGGUGUGCAGCUUCUAGUCUGCUCGCCUCACCAGGUGAAGCAUUUUUUGCAAGAGGCUGGUGUCCUGCGCUGUGCAGGGGCAGCUUCGGAGUGGGAGUUUCAAUAUUAUGGUCCGUGCAAGAAGCUCUUUGACAAUAUCGCUUACGUGACCGUUGAGCCUGCGCGGCUAUCUUGCACGUGUUUGCCUUAUGCUCUGUGGGGCGGCUGCGAGCACAUCCUGCUUUGUCGUGGGCUGACGUUCUCGCACCGUAAGGCCGAUCUCGGCUUGGAGAAUGUGCGUAUCAGCAAGCCUCGUGGCCGCCCUCCCGGCGCCCGCGCGAGGCAGGCCAUGGGCAAAGCUCAGCCCAAACCAGCUCCGAAAAAGGUUCGGAAGCCACGGAAAGUGUAUCGUGAGUUGAAGUGA